CAGAGGGAGGGAGGGAGGGAGAGAGAGAGAGCGGUGAUGUAUGAGGCGAGGCAGGUGCUUUUUUCUCCUCUCCUCUUCCUGGAGUGCUCAUUUACAUUUUUGUCUCUGGUUCCUCUCUGGUUCCUCUGCGGUUCCUCCUCCUGGGUGAGAUGAUGGGAUCUCCAGUCGUUUCUCUCAUCCUCUCCUGCACUCUGCUGCUCUCCCUCUCAGUGUCUCGCUCUCAGACACACAACGACACGGAGCCUGUGGUUCUGGAGGGUAAAUGCCUGGUGGUGUGUGACUCGAAUCCGUCCUCUGAUGGGGGUGUCACGUCCUCGUUUGGGAUCUCGGUGCGCGCUCCAGGGGCAAAAGUGGCAUUCUCAGCCAUCAGAGGGACGAACCAUGAACCAUCCGAGAUGAGCAACAAGUCCAUGACCAUCUACUUUGACCAGGUUCUCGUCAACAUUGGCCAUCAUUUUGACCUGAAAGCAAGUGUGUUCCAGGCACCGAGACGUGGCAUUUACAGCUUCAGCUUUCACGUCGUCAAGGUCUACAACCGACAGACCAUCCAGGUGAAUCUGAUGCACAACGAAUACCCGGUCAUAUCUGCGUUCGCAGGAGAUCAGGAUGUGACACGUGAGGCGGCGAGUAACGGAGUUCUUCUUCUUCUGGAGCGAGAUGACCGACUCUACCUGAAGCUGGAGAGAGGAAACCUCAUGGGAGGAUGGAAAUAUUCCACAUUUUCUGGAUUUCUUGUCUUCCCGCUCUGAAUUCCACGUCAUUCAUGACGGAAUCCUGCUCCUUUUAAUCCCACUGUACUGCACAUUAAUGAAGGCUUCACAAAUGUGUGCACUGCAAGUGGAUUUAAGGAGCUCAGGGUUCUAAUUUAAAGCAGACAGCAGGUUGUUUUUCACUCUAAUCUCUUGGUACUGUAUCUUAAUGGAAGUCCACCCUGCCUUCACACCAGCUGGUGAAGAGUCUGUAAUGCUUGUGUAGUUUGUUUCUCGUAGGUGUAGUCUGUCCGCUAUUUUUGUUUUUAUUCCAGUAGUAGCUAUAUGGUAGCAUCUAAGUGUGGCCAGUUAAUGAAAUGAAAGCUUUGGCUUCAUUUACGUCUUACAUGUUGACUUUGUUCUCAGAUUAUUCAGACUGCUGCUUCACAUCAUAACUAAUGAUCACUGAAAUCACAGCUCCAUCACGUUGUGUGUGUGUGUGUACAGAAAAAAUGUAAAAGCAGCUGAUGUGUCAUUAAACAUUAAUUCUGUAAAGAGGUAAUAAUUUGUAGGUGUGUGUCUCUGGUGGCGAAGGAAUACCGCAGAACCUUCAGGAAAGUGUUAAGCAACCACAACUACUUUUUACUGUGUUAAUGGAAUGUUUGAAAUUUAAAGAUAAAAAUCAGAUUUGGUAAGCUUUCUUUCACAUCUGUCUGCUCCCGUAAGCCAUCUGCAGACUUUAAUUUAAUUUAAUUUUUCACAUAAUUUAAACAUUUACUCAGUAAAGUAGCCCAACAUCUGCCCUCAGACCUCCAGACAUCUUUUCUCAGCGGAUGGAGAUUAGAGUGAAAAAUGCUGGAGACCUCUUAAACGGCUUCAACUGGAGAACUUCCUAAUGACGUAAAGAACCUGGUGAUCAUCAAGGUUUUUGUGUCAUUAUCAGGUUUGAAACCAGACUCUUUAGGAAGCCAAAGGACAGGAGAUCCUGAUGAUCAUGGAGAGCAUAAGGACAUUAUCCAUUAGGAACUGUCAUGUUGUUUUAUCAAAAACAUCUUGUAAGUUUCACCUUUUUAAUUCUCUAAGAUUCAGGAUUUUAAAGCCUGAGGAACAUAAGUAUGUGUAAAGUAUUGUAAAGAGGCUUGUGCAUAAACACAGUGUAGGAAUGGGUUUGAAUAUUUUGUACUGAAAAGCACGGAUUCUGUUGCAUGCUAUUGGAUUUGUUCAGUGUUUCAGUUGUUUGAUUCACUCGUCAUCUUUAAUUAAUUAAACUAUACGCCCAUUAUACGACUUGAAAUAUAGAUAAAUGUAAAUAGCUGAUGAGUAUCAUGCCAAAAAAAAAGUCACUGACUAUUGUCAGCUUUAUUUCUCAGUAAACAGAACCACAAAUGCAACAAGGCUUAUAUUUGCUCUUGUUUUUUUCCCCAUUUAUAGACCAUAUAGAGAAUAAAACUUGACUUGAUCAUCUGUUUCCUUGUGAAGAAUGUCUUGUCUCAGAGUAUCAGCACUAGAAGAUCUGAACAUUCUGUAGUUUCUUUAUUCUAUUUAUCUUGUAACAAGUCAUUGUUUAGUUGUAUAUGUUUUAUGUAUAAAUUAUUAGUAUUAUUUUAGCAGUGCCACAAAGCUGUUUCUCAAAAUAGAAGUAAACAAAUUUAGUUAGCAGCUGAUGCUAAGCAUAAAUGAGGUGCCAUACAAACUUUAGCCAUACAAAGUAUUUUUUAGUGUUUUGCCAACUGUUUUGCCAACUGAUGUUUCAGAUCAGUUUGUGUCCCUUAUUACAGUCUCUAACCUUUUACAUGGUCUGUAAUAAAGAAUGCAUGCUAGCUAGCUAAAUUAUUUGCCUCAGUACACAACUAGCCUGGUUUCCCUGUUGCCUGGUUGCUUAGCAACAGCACUGUCUUGGCUUUAAUUUUUGAUUUUGUGUAUGUUAUAAAUCCAAGGAUAUUUAUUGGUUAGGAGAAAAUUUCUUUUUAUACAUUUUAUAUUUAUAUUUAGUUUAAUUAAAUUUAAUUAAAAAAACAACUUUGAUUUAUUUGUCAUCUGAUAAUUAGUGUAAUGUUCAGCAGAUAAGGAGCCUAUUUCUGAGCUCCUGUCAUAUCAGUAUCACACAUCGACUUAUAAACGGCAUAUGCUUCAUGUUUAUCAUUAAAAUAGAAAAUCCUGGAUUACAGAAGUGAAACCUUCCCAUCUGUAUUAAAACUGGAGAAAUGGGAGGAUAUUUCUAUUCCCUCGGUGAUGGCGUCAUGCUCUGAUUACGCUCUGACGUCUUGCCUUGCGAGGUUUUUUCAGAUUUCACUCAUUUAUUUGGUAGAUGACAGAAGUGCUGUGGUUUACUCAGUGUGAAGUCGAGCGGGCGCGUGAGUCAUGAAGAUAAUCAGGAUCGUCCUGAGACGUGAAGUGGAACUGAACUUGUCCUCUUUUUUGUUUGGAUUGCUUAAUGAGACUGAUGAGUCAGAUGUGACUGAUGUGUUCAGACAUAUCAAAUCCCAAACGGCUUCCUGUCCUUAGAAAUGCUCACAACACAGAGUAGAACAUAACAGCCAUGUCAACGCUACAUGGUGUUCAAACCCAAUUAGAGAUUCAGAAAAAAAGAAAAGGUAUAAAUUUAAUUACUAUUUUUAGAUCAUCAGUAGAUCUGAAACAGUCGCUUCAUGAAGACUAGAUAGACUACAUGAACAUUAUGAAAACUGAAACAUUGAUUCGGUCACGUACCAAAUGACAAACACAGGAAAUCCAUUUUUUACAGAACAAACUCAGUUUUGAAACCAAGUACAACGAAGUUUGAAAGCAGUCAGGAAAAAAUCAGAUUGGAGCUCCUUUUCUGUUUUAGAUUGUAGAAAACCCUUCCUGCUCAAUUCAGAUAUUCCAAUCAAUAUCUGUUGUGUUAAAUCUCUUACAUUACUUUCAGACUCGAAUCAGAAGUGAAUCACAUUCUUGCUGUGCUGUGUGAACAUAGACUGGAUGUGACAUGUUGUUAAAAACUGUUGUUAAAAAAAAGAUCCAGUACAGGUACAAAAAACAAAUCUGCCUAUGAUCAGAUUUUUCCAGAAUAUGCUGUUUGAGAAAAAGUUUCUCUGCAUUAAUCUACAAGGUUUCAGAUCACAAUUUAAUUUCUGAACAUUUCAGACUAAUUUGGGUCAAAAUGAAUUUCAUGAGUAUUAAUUUUCUACAUUUUUUGACUGUUACUACGACAACCAUUGUGAAGCACAUGUGAGUGUAAAUAUAUACAAAUCUGAAUGGUUUACUUAAUAAAAGUUUACACACAGCUAAAAUAGCUCAGACCUGCUGAAGUAAUGCAGAUUUAAUGUAAGAAAAGCGUCUUGAUUUUCUCCUGCAUUUUUUAUAAAUCGCUAAAUUCCUGACGAGAAUAUAAUACAAAUCGAUUCUUAAGCUGCAGGAAACGACUCUGUGUUUCACACCAGGCUCUGAAGGCUGUUUACUGAUCAGGCUGUGAUUUCGAAUAAUGGAAUAAAAUGCUAAAGAUUUAUUUAUUGUUC